AUGACCGUGUCAGAAGCCUCCGCCAGCACGUAUGCAAACAAGCGUGAGGUGCUUGAUCGCAUUAAAGAAGUGCUGGAAGACUACGUCCAGUUAGGCGUGAUUGACCGAGAGGACUUCAAAAAGCUUGCAAAAACCUCAGCAGAUGUACUGCCGCCUCCGGUAGCUGCUGAGGAGGUCAUGAGAAAGACGCUCAGACAGCUCGUCGAAUUUCUCAAUGAGUGCGGGGCGGAAGAAACUGUGAUUGCCCCCAUUCGCGCCGCUAUGGAGGCGAUAAAGAAGGAACAGACGAAGCAAAUAGAAAAAGAAGAGAAGAGAGAAGAUAAGGCGGCACCGCUGUUGUCUCUCAGUGCACUCAGGGAACGCAUGUCACGCAAAAGGGAGGAAUUACGAAGGCAGCGUGAGGAAACGGAUGCGGCGAAUGAUGCAGCGACAGCACGGCACGAAGUCAUUGCGGCAUCGAGCGGGCCGGCGGCAGCGGCCGUAGUCGUAGCCGUAGCCGUAGCCGAGCCGAAACCCGAAAGUGCAGCGGGUAAUGGUGAGCCACGGGCAAAAGAGCAGAGGACAGAAGCAUCAGUUCGAGCCCCUAUGCGAGUGUCCAGGGAAGUUGAUCUUUAUGCGGAUUUGGUUACAGCAACCAACAGAUCGCGGUAG